AUGGAUUUUGCACAAAUCAAGCGGGAAGUUUAUGAGGCGAUCUCAGAAAAACCAAUUUCGAAGUAUAUAACUAAUGCCCUGGAUGUUAUUGAAGAAUCGAUAAAAUUAUAUGGAGUUGAAGGCCUGAGCCUCUCUUUCAAUGGAGGGAAAGAUUGUAUGGUAUUAUUACACUUGUUCGCUGCUGCCUUGUUUAAGAAUUUCCAUGAUUCUAUCAAUACACUCAAAAUUCAAGCGGUGUACAUUACAUACCCAAACUCUUUCGCUGAAGUCGAUGAUUUUGUAAACAAGUGUGUUCGCAAUUAUAAAAUUGAUCUUGUUACAAUAGAAGGACCUAUUAAGCAAGCAUUGGAAAAGUAUUCUAAAUUACGACCGAAUAUCAAGGCAAUCUUUGUAGGUACUCGGAGAAAUGAUCCUCAUGGAGGUAACCUAUCAAAAUUUAUGCCAACAGAUCCAGGUUGGCCUCCCUAUAUUCGUGUUCAUCCAAUACUUGAUUGGCGUUACGCUACGAUAUGGGAAUUUUUACGAACAUUGAAAGUACCUUAUUGCACUCUAUACGAUAAAGGGUAUACCUCUUUGGGGGGAACCGAUAAUACGCACCCUAAUCCUGAUCUUCGCAAUCCCACACAACCCUGUGGAUACGAUCCGGCAUGGAAAUUGAUCGAUGAAAGCAGAGAAAGAAGUAGUAGAGAAUGA